UUAAAAAGUUAGUCACUAGACAUUUUGUCGUCGUUCCCCUCUCAAUGGUUUAUUCGUGACGUUUCUUCCUGCUAUAGUAAUCUGUCUUUUAGUGGAAUCUCUCUGGAACCAGAGAGCGUACUACAGGCGGUAGUUGAUUACUCUCGUCUGAUUUCAAUAUCGAUCAUCUCUGCCUCCGCGCUCUACAACCUGGCCUAUGUGAUUCUUACCAAAUUGUGCAUAGACAUCUGAAACGCCUGGGUCAUGUUGCGAGUAAAAGCAAUCUGCUUGGCAAGGUGUGUUCACCUGGCUGCUUCCUGGGGGAAACUGGCUGACAAGUAUUUGUCUAAAAGGACAAAGAAAAGCAGGACUUCCCUGCUGAACUACAGGACCAGCCGAAACAACAACAGCAAGAUCAUGGAAAGAAAAGAGUUGCCUGGUAUUUUGGUCUCUGAAAUAGGAGGGCCGUUUGGUGUCCUGGAAAGCCAUGUGGAGUUCCUCAAGAUGCACUUCAAUCUCAUCACGAUGAAGGAAUUUCAAAAAAGCAAGGAAGAGCUGCGUGAAAAGAUCAAGUCUGUUUUUGUAUUUGAAGGCAGACCCCUCGUUGACCGGGAGCUUCUUGAAAGCUUGCCAGACCUCAGGGUGAUUGGAAACUCAGGAGUAGGUGUGAAUCACUUGGAUCUGAAACUGAUUUCUAGCUUUGGAGUGAAAAUAACCAAUACUCCGCAUGCUGUUUCUGAUUCCACCGCAGAUAUAGGCAUGGCCUUAAUGCUGGCCUCUGCCAGGAGACUUGUGGAAGGCUGUGACAUUGCAAUGUCUCCACAGACCAAACAUUUUUGUGUUGACUGGUUAGGAGUAGAAGUCACCCGGGCCACCCUUGGUAUCAUUGGGAUGGGCAACAUUGGAUAUAAGGUGGCCAAGAGAGCAAAAGCUUUUGACAUGAACAUUCUGUAUCACAACAGGAACCGCAGAAAAGAGGAAGAACAGGUAGUUGGUGCUACUUAUUGUAAAACCAUAGAAGAGCUGCUCCAACGGUCGGACUUUGUGAUGCUGGUUGUGAACCUGACAUCGGAGACGCACAAGCUGAUCGGUAAAAAGGAGCUGGGGCUGAUGAAGCCCACGGCUAUCCUCAUCAACAUCUGCAGAGGUGCAGUAGUUGAUCAAGAUGCUUUGGCAGAAGCACUGCAAAAUGGGAUCAUUAAGGCUGCAGCUUUGGAUGUCACAGACCCUGAACCAUUGCCAAGAGACCAUCAGCUACUACAAUUGAAGAAUGUUAUUAUAACUCCUCAUAUUGGAACUGCUACAGUGCAAGCUCUACGUAUGAUGACAGAAGAAGCAGUAGAAAACAUUCUGGCUGUUCUGAAUGAUCGUCCCAUUCCAAGCGAAGUGUAUCCCAAUUGAUUUUGACAGAAAAUAUAACAAUUCGCAAAAGGACAUUAAGCUAUAAGUAAUCAUUUAAAAGGCAAUAACAAGUCAUUGCCAUUAUGGCUUCUCAUAAGUGCUCCCAUACUGUGACUAUUUCCUGUGCUUACGUUAUUAAAAUUUUAUAACCAAG